CCUGCCCACCCGCCCCAGAUGGGAGCUGUGGUGAAAUGUGCGAAGCCAUGCGAUUCCUUAGGAGUCUAUGGCGCCAUCCCAAUGGAUGGUUGUUUAGGGGACCAGGGUUCCACAAUUGGUGCCAGGUCUGAGGUGCUCCCAGCCUGGCACCACCCCUUGGACUUGCUGCCAAAAGCCGUGAGCGCUGUUGUAGGAAAGAGAGGGUUUGGGCUAGGAGUGAUCAUUCGCAAAGAAGCGCGCUGCGCGCGCUUGCGACUCUGGCGUUGCAUACUUACUGCUAGGUAGCUGAGUUUGUAGAGGUAGCUGAAAGUUCGCGUAGUGGAAAGUGCAGCUGUUGCAAUGAAGGCUAGCUUGCUGCUUUUUUGGUAUGCCUUGGUUGUGCUUGCUUGCGGUGAAAUGCAAAUUCGGCGCGAGGCUGGGUUGGCAGCCCCGAGCCUGCUUGCCCCACAAGUUUUCCAAGAUGCAGCCAGUGAAAGCUCAGAGCAGGAGAUAGUGCUGCGCGCGCCAGCUGAGGGCGAAGUUGAUUUUCAUCGGGCUACGAAUGCUUUAGCGAAGGCACAGAUGCAGACAGGGAAGGAGAGGAGCGACGCGAAUGAAGCACGUUGGCAAUCCCUGCUCCAAACAGAAUCCGAAGCAGUGCGACGGUUGGUCGCAGCGGCGUUCAAAUGAUUUGAGCCGAAUUGCACGAAAGCAGCCCCAAGAUGCUGUCCGGACACGCGACCGCCUGGAAACGGGCGUGCGAAGCCAGUCGAAAGCAGAUCUUGAGAAUGUCAUGCGAGUCAACCGUUCAGGGCAGGGUCAAAAGACCUACCUAGCUGAUCCUUGUUGGGUUGCGCACGCUUACACCGAUGGGGAUAGGCGAAUCUUGAUGAGGGGGAAUUUAAGAUUUUGAAUUGAAUUUGGAACCUAAUCCUCGAGGGCGCGUCGUGGGUUGGGACCCCUCUUUUGAUGCGAGUGUGGGCCCUCGUGUGGUGUCCCGCCCGCCCACCUCUCGAUUCUCGAUCUUUUCUUGCCUUUGCGCGAUUUAGGAGGCCUCUGGACUCUGGAUCCUGUCUCAAGGUUCUCUUGGCGGAUUUGCUUACCUGGAUUUGCUUGCCUCAACUUGUGUCUAUUGAGAGAACGGAGCCCAGCUCUGAAGAUGUUUGGACUAGGGUUUGGUGUCACCGGCGAACCCGAGGCCUCUGGGCACCUUUCUGACUUCGGUCCUUUGUUGUGUAUUUUAAGGCUCAGGUUAGUGAGGUGUGUGAACCCAUUCUUUUUUCGCAGUGGGGAAAUUGAAACCCUUUUAGUUCAUGCGUUUUGUUUGAGAGACAACGUGCGUGUGUUUGCUUUAGAGCAGCGCUUUGCUUGCGAUGUACCGGUGUUCGCGGUUGGUCGGGGUAGGCAGGAACACCAACCCUCUCUCCCACCUAGCAUUAAUGUGUACCUUGUCAGUCUGGACAGCUUGCUGGUAACAGGAGCAGCUGCUCCCUGGUUUAAAGUUUGGUGCUGUGCCACACAGCUUUUCCCCCCCGC